AUGAGUCGUUAUCAGAAAUUAAUGAUGCGGAUAUCAUCACUUCUCCCCGAAAAAACACGAGCCACAUUUCUCCACCCAGCAGGGCCAACGACCGUAUUUUUUUGGGCGCCGACCUUCAAGUGGGGGCUAGUGAUAGCUGGGAUUGGUGACAUCAAUCGACCGCCUGAGACAAUUUCCCUGGCCCAAACGGCAAGCCUCAUGCUCACUGGUAUCAUCUGGUCCAGCGUUAAUGGCUUCGUUUCCAUGACUGCUGCGUACAAUUUCUACAGGGGGCUGAUUUAUCAGAUGGAAAAUCCAUCAUCUUCAUCGAAGGAUUGAUAACGAGUGGAAUAAAAAUAUUGCAUGCAAUAAAGACUUAUUUAAUCAAUUCAUCAGAU